AUGGUAGAGUUUGCCAUUAACAACUCGGUGCAUGCGUCCACGACACAUACACCGUUUUACGUGAAUGGCUUACUCCAUCCGCGUGUGCCCACCUUACUAGAGUGUAACUCUGGUUUAAGGGGGGGAGGGACUCGCGCGAGCAAAAACCGAUUUGGUCCACGCUCAUCACGCUCUGACGAAGAGUUCAUUGCGUUUGAUGCCGAUAUCGAUAACAUCAAUAUCGAAGAAGAUGAUGCCAGUGAGAGUGCGGAAGCCCUCACUGAAGAAGAUGAUGCCAGUGAGAGUGCGGAAGCCCUCACUGAAGAAAAGGUUGAUGUUGCUGCAGUGCGCUCACAGCGCACUGAAGCUAACGAGUCAUCAGAUGAGUUCAUACUGGCUCGUGAAACGGUAGUCCGUUUUGUGCAAGACUCCAUCGCCGAAGCGGUGGAUAAGCAAAAAGCAAAACGCUGA